AUGGCUUGCUGGAAGCUCUCCUCCACGCUGAUGGCAGCACUCCUGGCCAUCGCCGCCGGCCCUGGGACGACGCGGCCAGUGGCGGUUGCGACGUCGGCCCACCUGCACUUCUACAUGCACGACGUGACGGGCGGCCCGUCGCCCACGGCGGUGCGGGUGGUCAACGGCCCGCGCGGCUCCUUCGGCAACACGGUGGUGAUCGACGAUGAGCUGACCGAGGGCACGUCGCAGUCGUCGGCCACGGUGGGCCGCGCGCAGGGUUACUACAUGAUGGCGUCCGUGUCCAACCUGGAGCUGAUGGUGAACAUGAACGUCGUGCUCACGUCCGGGCCGUACGCCGGCAGCUCGCUGACGGUGGUGGGGCGCGACGACGUCAGCACGCCGGUGCGGGAGCUCUCAGUGGUCGGCGGCACGGGGCUGUUCAGGAUGGCGCGCGGCUACGUGCUCUGGAAGACCGUCACCCCCGAGAUCCUCGACCUCGAGAUCUUCAUCAAUCCUUGAGAUACCACUACUAGGCAAUGCAUUGAUUCUGCUUUUGGAUGUUGAAUUCCCAAGGUAAACAGCUGUCUCUUAGUGUGUAGUUGUUUUAUUCGGCAUUGAAAAUUCAUUUGACAGCCUUUAAUUUGUCAUUUGCUACGGUCACGGAAUAACUCUGACCCAAUAUGCUUCGUUUUGUACUUUUAUGUAUCAACAAAACAAAAUUUAA